AUGUCAAUCCCAGAAGUUCCUAUCAUCAAAGUGUUAUUCACACUUCAUGCUGGCAUGGAUGCUUUAGAUUUUAUCGGUCCUCUUGAAGUCCUCAGCCGUGCUCAGCAUGAUGUUAAUGAUCCAAAAUCCAAGGCAUUUGAUUGUCAGUUCGUUGCUGCCGAGGAAUAUACUGUCUCCAAUCAAGGAGCUUCAUUCCGUGCCCAUUUCAACUAUAAAGAUGCUUAUGCCAGUCUUUCACAAUACGAUAUUCUCAUCGUUCCAGGUGGUGGAUCUGAUCAAGUCCUCAAAAACAAAGCCGAACCUCUUGGUCUCAUUCGAGCCUUUUCCGAUUUGCAAAAGAAGCAUCCUGAGAAGGAACGUACACUUCUUUCCAUCUGCACCGGUUCUCUUUUCCUUGCUCAACAAGGUAUCCUUCACGGUCUUUCCGCCACCACCCACCCAGAUUAUUUCGCCAAGUUCGAAAAUAUCAAUAGUGAAGCUGCACAAAGAGACUUGGCAGAACGUUGUGAUGUUAUGGAGGAACGAUAUGUGGUGAACAAUCUUCGAUUUGAUAUUGAUUCUCCAGAGGAGAGUCAAUAUGUUCGUCGCAAGUCUGAUGCUAGACGUCCAUCAAAUGCUCGUAAGGGUUCAAAUGCUUGGAAGGAAUCCAACAAUCGUCGUGAGAGUAAUGCACGUCGAGCUGCUCUACGUCUUGGUGGUCUUCGUGUGAUUACUACUGGUGCUAUUACCUGUGGACUUGAUGCUAGUUUGUAUCUUGUCAGCGUUAUGGUUAAUGAAGAGACUGCUGCUGAGAUUGCGAAAUUUAUGGAGUAUGAAUGGAAGAAGGGUAUUGUUGUUGAUGGAAUUGACAUCUAA